AUGUCUACUAGCUCUAAUACCACUCAUCAUAGCUGCGCCUCCACCGUAACCCUCUGCGAAGCAUUCUGGUGGACUCAACGGUACCAGUGGCUACUGCGCAAUGGUUACCGGCUUCAGUCCAACCACAAUCCCGUGCUUGACGAGAAGACUAGACCAAAGAGGUCUAACAACCACUCUGACCCCGAGAGAGAAUACGUCAACUACGGCACACGCCUGACUGAUGGCAAAGAAGUCGUAUUGAAACGACUCACAAGCCCCGAGGAUGAGCAAGAACUAGCUCUACUUGACUUCUUGUCCCAGGAACCUCUAGCCUCCGAUGCUAGAAAUCACUGCGUUCCUGUGCUGGAUACCCUUCUGGUCCCAGGCGAUGAAAACACAGUCGUGAUCGUGAUGCCCCUUCUCCACUCCCUCGGUGAUGCAAAGCUUGAAACUAUCGGCGACGCAGUCGAACUCUUCCACCAGUUGUUCGAGGGGGUCCAGUUCCUUCACGACUACAGGAUAGCACAUAGGGAUAUCUCCUAUGGUAACGUCAUGUAUGAAACUUGUCGUGGACGCACUCGAUACUACCUGAUUGAUUUCGGGCUCUCAAGAUGCUACGAUCUUGGGUCGUCACCACUCGAGAUACACCACGAGGGGACUGAUUUCAGCGUGCCGGAGUUCUCCACUCUCCAACCCUACGACCCUUUCCCAGUGGACGUCUAUUGCCUGGGGAACUUCUUGAGACACGAAUUUCUAGAGACACGAACAGGAUUCGCGUUCCUGCGUCCAUUAGUCCAGUCCAUGACUCAAGCAGAGUCAUUAAGGCGCCCAGACAUAGCCACCGCCUUCAAGCAUCUCAAGGCCCUGACCCGCGAUCUCCCUCCCCGCAAGCUCAAAUCACGAUCUCGCCAAGUCGACGUCAAAAAGCGCUGGUCAAUACUCUCGUUAGCAGCCGCACUGCUUCAACUAAUUCUUCAAUUAAUACUUACCCUCGUAUUCCACUGGGUUCCCAACGCCCGCAAGAUCCUUGCCAGCUGGGAUAGUGCCAAAAUAACCGCAGAGCACUUUGCCGAGCCACGACGAAAGCCCCGUUGGACAGACGGCGUGGAUAUAAUACUUUACUUCUGCCUUGGUCCCUAA